UGCUACGUACAAGAGGAGAAACGAAGAGCGGACGCCGCGCCGGAGUGGAAGAGCGGAGUUUGAGUUUCGGUUUCGUUUGACGCGCGCUCUUCGGAUCACUUCAGUCGCGCGUGAACCGCAGACCCGAGAGCAUCGAGCAUCUUACGGACGCUUAUUUUGGACAUUGCACUAUUAAUAUCGUCCCUCGUGUCCGUACUGGCUUUUAUUCAGUAUCUCGUCCCGUAGAGAUAUUUGGUUAUGUCGUUGGUAUGACACUUACCGUUCAGACGUGACUAUCGCCGUUUGUAUCGUGGCGCGCUGUCUUUUAGGAUAAAUAUUUAGUAUAGACGAGAAGUACUUUAUGCUCGUGUAAAUUGGCUCGAUGGUAAAGAGGUUAGUGUUGUUUGGAGAAGGUAGUGAGAGGUCUGUGAGUGCGCGGAUUUUUAACUUGAAGUAGAAGCUUUUAUGAGAAUUCCUUUAGAGAUCUAUGUAUGUAGAUGAUUGGAAGAUUUGAGGUUACGAAGCAUUUUUCGACGAUUGUAAAUACAGACCGAGUGUCCUGCUCCUACUGGAAUAUCAGUUUAAACGCAUAGAGGGUGAUAUGUGGGAUACAACGAAACGUACAACAAUAUCGUGAUUUUGUUGUUAUUGUUGUUUGCUAUGUAGUUUUUUAUGAUAAACUCGUGACUUUUAUUAAGAUAUACUUUGUUCACUUUUAAUCGCGGGCUUUCACGUACACGUGAUACGGAGAAGUGAUACACGCGAGACGUAUUUCUUUCGUGGGAGCCACAAGUACGUAAUACAGUAAGCGUACGUAUUGGAUAUGCAAGCUUCUGUUUUGUGAGGUUAGCCAGAAAGGUGUGACGUGCGUGUUAUUGUCUGGGACGUCUGAGGGAUUAUUGAAAUGUCGAUGCACCAGCUUGUUGCAACCUCGUGAACGUCAAGGACGCACCCCGAAAAUAAAGAGGUCGCUGCGGUAUCCGAUGGGUUCAGGCGCAUCCGCACCCUCGCGUCUAAGAAAGAACUGGCAGUGAAAGCGUGGAGGAAAAUAAAGAAAGGACAGAGAAAAAAGAAGCAGAGACCAUUUGGUUUUUCGUGGCAUCCAGCUAUUUUUGAAGGAAGACGCUCAAGUAUUUUGACUGCGACCCAUUGCGACGUUGCGCCGUCUAUUGACCGUCCACAAUUACGCAAAUGACAGAGAGGACGCUGCUAUCCAUGGUACAUGGUAGAGGUCGGAGGUAGGGCAGUGAACCUGACAGGAUCAUUCAACCGGAAGUUCGUAUGAAUUGGCAGGACGACCUGGUAAAAGUAGUCGGCUAAACGAGAAUCGGCCCGGUGCGUCCAGUCACGCUUGUACCGAUUGCUAACUGACGACGGGAAAAGAAAAAUCGGUACGGCAAAGAAUACAUUUCGGAGCGGCCAGCAUCCGGCGAUUUGGGUCCGAAGAUGGCUGGCGAGGACACGCAAAUGCUUGCCAAUGGUACCGUAGAUACACUCACUAUCAUACAGCCUCACGAGAAGAUGGCUAACGGCAAUGAGAUACUGUUCAACAAACAUAACAACAAUGGAUCCAUACCGAACGGCAAGACUAUUGACAUUAACGUAGAAAAUGGAAAACUUAUCGGAGUCGACGAAAAGUCCAGCAGCCUGCAUACGGAAUUCGACGAUGCUGAUAUAUCCUGCGGUUGGGGUCCCUGCAGACCCCACUGGAUGCAAUUCUUUGCGACGAAACAGGCCUUCCUCGUGACCUUCUGCAUAACUUGGGUUCUUCAAGGCAUGUAUUACACGUACUUCGUGUCAGUGAUUACGACCAUCGAGAAGCUGUUCCAAAUCCAGUCAAAGACUACGGGAAUCAUAAUGUCGGCUACGGAGAUCGGUCAGAUCGGUUCGUCGUUGCUAUUAACGUACUACGGUGGACAAGGUCACAGGCCAAAGUGGAUCGCUUGGGGGAUGAUACUAUUUGCCGUGAGCUCAUUCUCUUGCUCGAUGCCUCAUUUCAUUUUCGGCGAACAACUCAUUCACCAGAAUGAACUCCUCUUCAGUGGAGUUGGUCCAGGCUCUGAUGGAAGCGGUCCCAACGCUUCGGAUCCCAUCCCGGCGAAUCUCUGCAAGUACAAGGAGGGUGCUGCUAACACGUCUGAUAUCAGGGAUUUAUUCUUUUCCACGUCCACCCCUCGCUUCAAUACCGAUUCGACGGCUUACUGCGAGGGCGACUUCCUGAAGGAGCAAAGAAUACAGAACAAAAUCACCAACGUGGUCCUUGCCAUUUUCUUCGUCUCCUUACUUGGCGUCGGCAUGGGACAAACUGCCGUUUACACCCUCGGGAUUCCUUACAUAGAUGACAACGUAGCUAGCAGAGAAAGUCCUCUGUAUUUCGCAAUAACGAUCGGCGUAAGGAUACUCGGUCCAGCCUUGGGCUUCAUCCUGGGUUCCAUGUGCACAAGGCUUUACGCUGAUUUAUCAGCCGAUCCGCAAAUCACACCGACCGAUCCAAGAUGGGUGGGAGCGUGGUGGCUCGGUUUGGUGCUAAUAUCCGCAUUGCUAAUGCUCGUCAGCAUAGGCAUGUUCGCGUUUCCAACGCGAUUACCGACAAGCAGGACGCCACCUAAACGGGACGACUCGAAGAAGCCGAGUCUGCGCGAUUUCCCGAAAGCUGUCAAGAGAUUGUUGAAGAACGAUAUACUGAUGUUUCGUACAGCCAGCAGCGUUUUGCACAUAUUGCCAAUAGCCGGGCUGUACACCUUCCUACCGAAAUAUCUGGAGAGUCAAUUCCGUUUGCCAGCGCACCACGCGAAUAUGAUUUCAGGUGUAGGUGGAAUUCUGGUGAUGGGACUGGGAAUCAUAAUAAGCGGCUUCUUCAUCCUGAAAGCAAAACCGAACGCAAGAUUCGUUGCUGCCUGGAUCGCAUUUACAGCCGUGGUCUACGCCAUUGGUAUGGGAAUCCUCAUGUUCAUCGGAUGUCCCAUGGAUGACUUUGCCGGACUUAUGUCACACUCCAAUGGGGUAUCCAGCUUCGAGCCGACCUGUGACGUGGCCUGUGAUUGCGAUAGAAAUAAAUUCAGUCCAAUAUGUGGAGCCGACGGGAAGACGUAUUUCUCUGCCUGUCACGCAGGAUGCUCGAAUUAUACUGUGAUAGAUGGAAAAGUUUCAUCGUUCUUAGACUGUCAGUGCAUUGGGAAUAAUCAGACGGUACCGGAAACGAUAAGCGCAGCAACGAUCGGUUACUGUCCACUGGAGUGCAAUAACUUCUGGGUGUAUAUGAUCCUGUUCUCGGUCUUCGUGUUCAUUAACUCGACGAGCGAGGUGGGCUCGAUGCUGUUGAUUCUACGGUGCGUGGACCCCAGGGACAAAGCUAUGGCCCUGGGACUCAUACAGUUCGCCAUUGGGCUGUUUGGUAACGUCCCUUGUCCUAUCGUCUACGGCGCCGUUGUGGACUCUGCCUGCCUCGUUUGGGAAUACGCAUGCGGCGAACGCGGCGCCUGUUGGCUUUACGAUUCCAACGUCUUCAGGAUGUUUUAUCACGGUACCACCGGUGGUAUAUUGAUACUGGCGUUUUUGGUGGACCUGGUUGUCUGGUUCAAGGCGGGAAGUAUAAAUUUCGUCGAGGAACAAGAGGGUGACGGUGGGACGGCCGAAGAGAUGGCAACGCUAAAGUCACAGGACGCUCAGACUGCGGAUAACGAUUAUCUUUGAAGGUGCAAUUUAUUUUUUUGAAAACGUCUACGAGCCUGGAUUAAAUAGUAUCCAUUGCUCCGUGUACCUCAGUGACUCGAUUGUAACGAUUUACGAUGGCGUGCGAUCGUUACCCAUCAUGCAUUACGGAAGUUUACCUCGACGACAGGGCGCAUAUGAUAUUUUUAUUCGUGUCGUAUUACGACUGUCGGGAUAGCUGGUGAAUAACGAAGAAAUUCUUUUUUCUUUUUUCUUUCCAAUCCCUUUGUUAUCUUCCGAAUUAGAUACUUCCGGUAAGUCAUCUGGCGAGAGUUCGAUCGUACGUCGGACCGAGAGCUACAUCGAUAAAAUGACUGCGGAUAUAUAUAAAUAUAUAAAUAUAUAUAUUUAAUGCGUAAUAAUACAAAUAAGCGUUGCCAUAGCAUAGUCAUGUAAAGUGUAAACGUGUAUCGGGUAGCUGAAGGUGUUUGCGCUAGGUUUAUUUGUAUGACGUCAUAGGUAAACAACAAAAAUUGACGAAAGAAAGCGAAUGAACACGUGACGCGAGACAGGUUCAAAGGAUGGAAGGACAUCUAGGGAUCUUUUUUAGUAAAUUUUAAAGAACUAAGUUUUUGAAAUCCUUUGACGAGGAUGAUGACAGAAAUGAUGAGAAUAGUGAUAAAGGUAACUACUGGAAAAGGAGCUUGAGACAGGGUGAGGGAGACAGAGAGAGAUAUAUCAAUUUAUUACAUCACGAUUGGAUGAAUAGGGGAUGACAGUCUUCAGCGAGUGCUUUUGAAAGUAGGAUGUGAUUCUUUUUUUUUCCUUUCUUUUUCAUUGGUUUUAAUAUGUGAAAACUUAAGGGUUGGCAUCACUCGAUACGAAAUAACGUUACAUUUAUGUUUCGUGCCUAUAGUCGCAAGGGUGCUACCGUAAGUCACAAUCUUUCUUUCUUGGACGUAUCGAAGGAGAAACCAGUUUACAGUGGCGAUAACCGUUCGUUUCAUUCGAAAUGAAUAAAAUUAUAUACAUACAUAUGUAUAUCACGGUAGAUCAUUGUAAUCGCGUAGAUGAUUUAAUUAACCUAAGGUGCGAUCGAAAUGAGAGAAAAAUUAAAGUGAAGCAAAACGAUAUGCAAAUACAUAAGUAAAAGAAGAACAUAUUUUUAGAUAACUUGACGAAAACAAAAGUAAUAAUUAUUAAUGUUGCAAAGGAUGCGACACGAGAGACGAUUAUGACAAAAGAUAGAAGAGAGGUAUCGAGAUGAUGGGAAAUGAAAUUGAAGAUGAAAGGGGGAGAGAGAGAGAGAGAGAGAGAGAGAGAGAGAGAGAGGGUGAAGGAGAGGGGAAGAGAGAAAGAGGAAUAAAAUGUUAUAAGAACUGUAUUUUAAUAUGGUACACUUUACACACGUGAAAUCACACUCGUCAAUGUCUCCUCGUCUGCCUACGCUUUAUGAGCUUUCGAGUAAAGGCGAUCUCGCAAUUCUCCAAGCGAUUUUACACGACUCGCGAUUUUCGACCUUCCCAUUAUCUGUAAAUAGGUCACGAUUUCGCGGAUCGGUCAGUGAAUCACGCCGGCUAGAGUAAAUAAAGAUUCUUGCGAAUCAUACGAUUCAGGGCAUUAACGUCGUGAUGUAACAGUGCCACGGGUAGGGUGAGUUAUUCGGCCGAUAAAAUAUAAAAUCAACGAAAAAUCAUUCGUCAAGGAAAAUUCAUUUAGAUGCUAUUUUCUCAUCGCGCAGUGCUAGUUAAAAUUAUCUGGUACGUUCGAUUGAUCCUCAAGUACGUCGUCUCAUUAGAAACCUUCUUAUCGUCCCGUGUAAAAAGAAACGACGAAGCUAAAAAUAACGCAGAUAUGAUAUAUUUUUUAUGAAGAAGAAAAAACAAAAAGUAGUAAGAAGGAUAAGAAAAAAUCUUAUCAAACGUCUCACGAAGGACUGAGGCGCGAACGAAGUAUGCAGUUUUUCGAAAUCUUGUAAAUAUCGUUAAUGCAAAAGCGGCCCAGUGUCUCACCCUAUGGUAACAGUAAAAAGAAUCAUCUGUAGACCGUAGAUUCCGUCGGUGGGAGAUAAAUCAUUCGCAAUGAUAGUAAAAUUCGAGAAAAAAAAAGAAGAAAAAAAACCAGAAUGUACGGCGGGAAUGGACUUACGCGCGAAUUAUAAAAAUACAAGUAGGAAUCUAUAGGGCGGAUUUCAAUACAGAAUGGAUGAAAAUUCGUGUCAGGAGUGAGAGGUCAUAACGAAUUAUUUUUUUUACCGCCACGCAUGCACACGGCCACACAUUAAAUUUUCAGGGAUUCGAUCAAAGUGUUUAGCGGUUUAUUCGUGUGUGUAGAUCGGUAUGUAGAUUUAAGUAAUUGCGUUCGAACGGUUAACCUUGGUAUCGGUUAACGAUGCGUCGCUGAUGACGCGUAUGCACAGAACGACAUAACAAAAAAAAAAAAGAACGUCAUCGGGUGACAGUACGAAAUUUAUAAUAAUUACCCAUUUAAGAAUCGUAUUUUUGUAUGAAACAGUAAAUCGCGUCGUGUCGCCGGAAGUCGCGUCACGGCGUUUACCUAUUUCAAUACCGCAUUGUGAACGAACAUUUAAGCGAAUUUCGAAUUUCGCUGGUAAAACUAAAUAUUUUUCUUCAUCCAUUCCCCCUUAACCAUCUCUGCUAACGCGUAGCCCUACUAGCCGCAUUGUUCCCAUUCGAAAUUGUGUUAUCCCCUUCCGGUCCUGAAAUUUUUCAAUUUUUGUAGCGAAAUUGCAAAAUUAAAAA